AUGGCUGACAAGUUCCCCGAAUUAGAAGGCGUUGACAGCACCGAUGUGGCCGACAGCGGAGACUUCUUGAAGCGCGAAAAGGAACUUCUGGGCAACGAAUUCGCAACCGAACAGGACAAGAUCGCAGAGGAUGACGACGAUUUCGACGAUUUCAAGAGCCAGUUCCCUGAGGUGUCGACAAAUGCCAAUGACGUUGCUCCUGAGGCAGAGAGCGAGGAGGAACCGAAGGAGGCCAUUUUCGAGGAGCCGGUGACAAACAAGUUUGCAAAUCUCAACCUGGAAGAGAGCACCCACAUCCAAGAGUGGCGCAAGGCCAGAGAGCUGGAGAUCGCCAAGAGAGACGAACUGGCCGCAAAGAAACUGGAGGAGAUCAAGAAGGAGGCCGAAAAGGCCAUUGACGACUUCUACGAGAACUACAACAACAAAAAGGACGAGGCCGUGGAGGCCACUCGCAGAGAGGAGGCCGAGUUUCUGGAGAAAAGGGACAGAUUCCUCGAGAGAGGAACGGUCUGGGACCGUGUGGUGGAGCUGCUGAGCCUGACGAAGAACUCCAACGCUUCGGAUCUUGCGGGCUACAGAGACAAGUCCAAGUUCAGAGACUUACUGAUGUCGUUGAAAGGCAAGGAGGACGUUCCAGGGGCGGCCGGAUAUUAG